CUCCUGGGUCAUUCUCGCUUGAAUUUGAGACCGGUAACCCAGCCCAAAGAAAAAAACCUAGGAAGGAGAUUUGGGCAUGCAAAGGGAAAUGGCGAGAAACUUGAUUCACCGAUCGUCCACCUUUCGCUGGGCAUUAGAGAACAGACUCUGCCCCCGCUUUAACCAUGUUCGUUCAGAUUCAUUCGGAACAUUGAUUUCUGCACCCACAACUAUAGACCCAUCUCCGCCGUCAAAGUCAUUCACUAACUCUUCGUUUUCUGCCAUCGCCACCAUCACUCCUCCGCAACUCUCCGUUCUGCCGUCAUUCCACCACUAUCGUCGCUUUGGCUCCUCUUCAGGUCCUUCACACAUUGUCCUUGUUAAGACAGAGGAAGAGUUUAACAAUAUCCUUAGCAAAGUACAAGAUCAAUCAUUGCCUGCGAUCUUCUAUUUCACUGCAGUUUGGUGUGGACCAUGCAGGUUUAUUUCUCCUGUUAUCGAGGAUCUCAGUGGAAAAUAUCCUCAUGUAACAACGUAUAAAAUUGAUAUCGAUCAGGAAGCAAUUCAAGGCACGUUGGGCAAAUUAAUGAUCACAUCUGUGCCAACGCUCCAUUUCUUUCAGAAUGGAAAAAAAGCUGAUGAGCUUAUCGGAGCUGAUGUUGGGCGUCUGAACUAUAUUGUGGAGAAACUCUUCAAGAAGGACUGACUAAGAUUAUGAUGCGAGGAUUAAUCGGCUGAUGAAGUGGUAAAUGAUAAAGCUUAAUUACUUAAACUGAUCUUUCUUGGUCCCAAAAAAAGAAAAUGGAUCUUUUGGGUUUCACAACCGCCUAGUUUAUAGUUGGGGAACGUCUCCUUGUUAAUAAAGAUUGAAGUGGUGUUUCUGUGGGUCAAAACAAUAAGUGAUGUUUAUAUAUGUGUUCACUAUGCAUGUUAUAUUUUAAUGGAGAAAAGCAGAGUGAAAGGAAAAAAUGUUUAAUUUAUAUUUGGAGAACAAAAAUUUUUAAAUCAAGCAUUUCCCCAUUUA